GAAGUUUACAUCAUAGCCCCGUGGCCUUGUCAGCUAUAGGAGGACGGUCCAACGGCAAGGGUUUUGGUGGAAUCAAUCAAAGCUUUAGAGAAAUAUUUGCUUUCUGCCUUCUCAGUGGAUCUUACUGAAAGGCAGUCAUGCAUUUGUUGGGAUCCACUGUCCUUUUUUCUGUCCUGCUGCAGGCUAUGUCAACCCCAACAGAGGAUUGGCAGAGGGCCACAUCUAUUUAUGACUUCUCAGCCACCGAUAUUGAUGGCAAUGUGGUGUCCCUAGACAAAUACAGGGGGAAUGUUGUCAUCAUGACCAACGUUGCCUCCAAAUGAGGCAAAACCCCAGUAAACUACUCUCAGUUUGCUGAAAUGCACGCCAAGUACUCUGAGAGAGGUUUAAGCAUCCUGGCCUUCCCUUCCAACCAGUUUGGGAACCAGGAACCUGGCAGCGAAUCUCAAAUUAAGCAGUUUGCCAAUUCCUACAAUGCACAUUUCGAUUUGUUCAGCAAGAUCAACGUCAAUGGGGACAAUGCCCAUCCCUUGUGGAAGUGGCUGAAGGAUCAGCCCAAUGGGAGAGGCUUCAUGGGAAAUAGCAUCAAGUGGAAUUUCACCAAGUUUCUGAUCAACAGAGAGGGGCAGGUGGUGAAGAGAUAUGGACCCUUGGAUGAUCCCAGUGUGGUGGAGAAGGAUCUUCCAAAAUAUCUUUAAUUCCAUAAUGACCGACUGAUGGCUACUUACCAAUACUCUCCGCAUCCAUCUCUCCCAUCACCAUUUCCCUUCCUCCUACACCUCUUCAAGUAUUGCUGGAUGACGUUGGGUCCAUCCCAGACCAGUGACGGUCUGUCUGUAAACCCGCCAGGCGGACAGGACAGACCUGAUGAGAAAGGCGUGCAAACCUCCUCGGAGGAUCCUGACGUUUCGUUCAGUUGAUACACUAGAGAAAGAGGAGGGAGUCUUAAAACCUUCCUUAAAGUCCAUAACUGACACAGUAGUAGCAUAAUUUUAUUAAUAAAAGCCAUUGAGAUUUUGUUAAAAAUCUAACAA